AUGGACGCCUCGACGGCGCAGCGCAACUUUGAGGUGUCAAACUCGAUGGUCACGCUCGACGCCUCCUCGCUCGAUCAGGUGUUCCGCUACGAUGCCGAUGAGCAGCGCUCCAUCCUCCAGGCGGCGCCGUGGCGCUCCGACCCGCACUACUUCAAGACGGUGCGCAUCUCGGCCGUGGCCCUCAUCAAGAUGGUGAUGCACGCGCGCUCCGGCGGCAUCUACGAGAUCAUGGGCCUCAUGCAGGGCAAGAUCGACGUCGCCACCCAGACCAUCUACGUCAUGGACGCGUUUGCGCUGCCCGUGCAGGGCACAGAGACGCGCGUCAAUGCGCAAAACGAGGCAAACGAGUUCAUGGUCGAGUACCUCGAGAGCUCCAAGCGCGUCGGCCGGCUGGAAAACGCCAUCGGAUGGUACCACUCCCACCCGGGCUACGGCUGCUGGCUGUCGGGCAUCGACGUAAACACCCAGAUGACCAACCAGCGCUACCAGGAUCCGUUCGUCGCCGUCGUCAUCGACCCCAACCGCACCAUCUCGGCGGGCAAGGUCGACAUUGGCGCGUUCCGCACCUACCCCGAGGACUACAAGCCGCCCGACGCCGGGCCGUCCGAGUACCAGAGCAUCCCGCUGGGCAAGAUUGAGGAUUUCGGCGUGCACGCCAGCUCCUACUACCCGCUCAAGGUGGAGCACUUCAAGUCGAGCCUCGACGCCAAGCUCCUCGACCUGCUGUGGAACAAGUACUGGGUCAGCACCCUCAGCCAGAGCCCGCUCGUCGUCAACCGCGCCUACGCCACGGGCCAGGUGCGCGACCUCGCCGAGAAGCUGGCCAGCGCCGCCAAGGCCAUCGGCACAAAGAGCAAGACGACCCAGCCGCUCGGCGCGCCCGCGGCCUCCGGGUCGACGGAACCGGCCAGGGCGCCCGGCGGCGGCGGAGCGGCGGCCGCGACGGGGGCACAAGAGCCGAUGACGGCCGAUGCGAUCGAGAAGCUCGUGUCCGAGACGAGAAAGAGGGAAGACGAGACGCCGCUGGCCAAGGCGUCGCGAGAUGCGUCCAAGGUGUCGACAGAGGCGCAGCACGGCCUGAUUGCGCAGGUGCUCAAGGACGUCCUGUUCAACAACGGCCAGACGGGCGCCCCGAUCCCAGACGAGCUCUGA